CUGAUCCAAUGUUCCACUAUCUUUGUUCCACUCUUCCUGUAUCAUUGUUCCACAAUCUCUGUUCCAAUGUUCCACUGUUCCACCAUCACUGUCCACUGUUCCACUGUUCCACUGUCACUGUUCCACUGUUCCACCAUCUCUGUUCCACCAUCACUAUUCCACUGCUCGACUAUUCCACCAUCACCGUUGCACUGCUUAACCAUCUCUGUUCCACUAUUCCACUGUUCCACCAUCUCUCUUCCACUGUUCCACCAUCAGUGUUCUACUGCUCCCCCAUCUCUGUUCCACACUUCCACCAUUAUUGUUUCACUGUUCCUCCAUCACUAUUCUACUGUUCCACCAUCAUUAUUCCACUCUUCCACCAUCUCCGUCUCACUGUUCCACUAUAACUGUUCCACUAUUCCACCAUCAAUCUUCCACUGUUCCACAAUCACUGUUCCACUGUUCCACCAUCAUUGUUCCACUGUUCCACCAUCACUGUCCCACUGUUGCACCAUCUCUCUUCCACUGUUCCAGUAUCAUUCUUCAACCACCUCUGUUCAAUUGUUCCACUAUUCCACCAUCCCUGUUCCACUGUCCACUGUUCCACCAUCGUUGUUCCAACCUUCCGUCAUUUCGAUUCCACUGUUCGACCAUCGCUGCACCACCGUACAACAAUCAAUGUUCCAUUCUUCCACCAUCAUUGUUCCAUUGUUCCACCAUCACUGGUCCAAUGUUCCACCAUCUCUGUUCCACUGUUCCUCAAUCACUGUUCCACUGUCUCACUAUCAUUAUUGCACUGUUCCACCAACUCUAUCCCACUGUUCCACCAUCACUGAUAAAAUGUUGCACUAUCCUUGUUCCACUCUUCCUGUAUCAUUGUUCCACCAUCUCUGUUCUACUAUUCCACCAUUAUUGUUUCACUGUUUCACCAUCACUAUUCUACUGUUCCACCAUCACUGUUCCACUAUCUCUGUUCCAAUGUUGCACCAUCACUGUUCCAUUGUUCCACCAUCACCUUUCCACUUUUCCACCAUCACUGUUCAACUAUUCCAACAUCUAUUUUCCAUGGUUCCGCCAUCAAUGUCCCACUGUUCCACCAUCUCUGUUCCACUGUGCCACCAUAACUGUUGAACUGUUCCACCAUCAUUGUUCCACUGUUCCACCAUCACUGUUCCACUGUUCCCCCAUCACCGUUUCACUGUUCCACCAUCUCUGUUCCAUUGUUCCACCAUCAUUGUUCUACUGUUCCACCAUCUCUGUUCCACUGUUCCAUGAUCAUUGUUCCACUGUUCCAUCAUCACCGUUCUACUGUUACACCAUUAUUGUUUCACUCUUUCAACAUAUCUGUUCCACUGUUCCACCAUCACUGUUCCACAGUUCCAACAUCAUUGUUCCACUAUUUCACCGACUCUGUUCCACUGUUCCACCAUCACUGUUCCACUGUUCCACCAUCAUUGUUCUACAGUUCCACCAUCUCUGUUCGACUGUUCCACCAUCACUGUUCUACUGAUCAACAAUUAUUGUUUCACUGUUCCACCAUCACUAUUCUACUGUCCACCAUCAUUGUUCCACUCUUCCACCAUCUCUGUUCCAGUGUUCCACUUUCACUGUUCCACUGCUCCACCAUCACCGCUCCACUGUUCCACCAUCUCUGUUGCACUGUUUCACCAUCAUUGUUCCACUGUUCCACCAUCUCUGUUCCACUGUUCCACCAUCAUUGUUCCACUGAUCUACCAUCACUGUUCUACUGUUCCACCAUUAUUGUUUCACUGUUGCACCAUCACUAUUCUACUGUUCAACCAUCAUUGUUCCACUCUGUCACCAUCUCUGUUCCACUGUGCCACUAUCACUGUUCCACUCUUCCACCAUCAUUGUUCCACUCUUCCACCAUCUCUGUUCCACUGUUCCACCAUCACUGUUCAACUGUUCCACCAUCAUUGUUCCACUGUUCCAACAUCUCUCCUCUACUGUUCAAUUAUCACUGUCCCACUGUUCCACCAUCUCUAUUCCAUUCUUCCACCAUCAUUGUUUCACUCUUCCGUCAUCUCUGUUUUACUGUUCCUCCAUGACUGUUCCACAGUUCCACCAUAAUUGUUCCACUCUUCUACCAUCUCUGUGCCACUGUUCCACCAUCACUGUUCCACUGUUCGACUAUCAUUGUUCCACUGUUCAACCACCUCGGUUUUAUCGUUCCACCAUUAUUGUUCCACUCUUCCUUCAUCUCUGUUCCACUGUUCCACCAUCCUUGUUGCACUGUUCCAGCAUAUCUGUUCCGCUGUUCCACUGUUCCACUGUUCCACUAUCACUGUUCCACUGUUACGUCAUCGUUGUUCCACUAUUCUAUCAUCUCUGUUCCGCUGUUUCACCAUCACUGUUCCACUGUUCCACUAUCUCU